AUGCCAUUGACUCUUCUCAACUUUCAUGAAUACCAUUAUACCAUUGAUGGCUUCCAGGCACAUGUCCUCUCAGCUGACUCCCUCCCCCUAGCUAAUGAUGCAAUUGCAACAAUUACAGGAUGUCUAACUAAGGGAGUUACACCAUAUGCCUACAGAGUUAAGGAUGGAGACAGUGUGUUAUCUGGUCAUAGUGAUGGUGGAAUGUUUGGUGCCAGCAAGGAACUAUGUGGCAUCUUAGAACAAGCAGAAAUUGAAAAUGCCUUACUUGUUGUACAUAAGCCUGGAGAUAGAAUGCUUGGUUUAAACUCCAGAAAUAACCCUUCAUUACUGAAAGCAGCUAAAAGUGCAUUAGCCAACUCUUUUCUCAUGGAUAAAGCCAUCCAAGAUACUGUGGGCUAAGAUACCACCCCCCCCCCCAAACUCUAUACAUCUCAUGGUGAACUUGUGAAUUUUUAGGGAAAAUGACAGAUCCCUAAUACCCCAUAUGAACACCACAACAUAUCGACAUAAUACUCUGAAUGAGCUUAGUUACUUCAAACAUUGUAAUUAUAAUCCACUUGUUUUAAACAUCUACAAACUAUAUACUCAAGCAGCAAUACAUUGUGUUGAUUUUGUAAUGAUAAAACAAAUUUAUGACCAUUUAGACAUUUUUCUUUUCUUCAUCAUAUUCUACACUCACUCUGUUACACAAACACAUUGCAUUCAUGGGUAAGCCACUGGGCUACUUAUGGUUGUUGAUCCUUCUUAUUG